GCUGAGCUGCAUUUACUGUUUGUUCACACGUGACUGACGCACAUAUUAAUUUGAAAUCGACGCAGAUUGAAAAUCGAUUCAAACCGGCCCAAAGUUUUUAUGUUCGGUUCUUUAUUGAGCUACUUGGAUCUGGACCUGGAAAACCUGCUCCAGGAUUGAAACUGCAGAGUUCAGAAGUUGUGUGUGUCUCCUCACAAGAAUCUAAAUGUGUAUCUGGAAUAUUUGGAUGAAUUUAUUCAGCUUCUCUGGGCCAUAAAAAUGUCCCCAACCACAGGACAUUUAGCAGCAUGAUCGUCUGUCAGGAGAAGAUGACCUGCAGCAUCCUGCUGCUCAUCACCCUGACCUCCUGCGUCUGUGGUUCGUUUCCACCUGCAGGAACAUUUGUAGUGAAUGUGACACAGAGCUCCUAUCAGGCAGAGGAGAACGAGAACAUCACACUGGAAUGGACGUUCACAACCAAACCUGACAGUUCAAACUCCCUUUAUAUCUACUGUGAACUGACUACUGAUCGCAAGGCCUCAGUCCUGUAUCAUCUACAUGAAGGUGUUGAGGUCCCAGAGUCUCAGGAUGGACAGUUUGCGGGACGAGUCCAGUGUGACAGAGACGUCCUCAGAGAAGGACGACUCAGACUUCAUGUGUCCAGACUCAGGACUGAGGACUCGGGCCUGUACCUGUGUGAAGUGAGCACAAAUGAUGGUAGCAGCAUUGAUAAAAGCAGACUCAAUGUCACUGCAGCGAGGGAUCGGCCCGAACCUGAGAGACCAAACACAGAAAGUCGGGGAAUGAUCGGCCUCUACUCUGCACUGGGACUGAUAGCAGCAGCUGUGCUGGGUGUUUGUUACUGUUUAUUCAGCCACUCUUAGUGUAUAUAUAUAUAUACAUAUAUAC